AUGACCGGUUCCCAGAAGCCAGAGUCCAAUGUGUUCUUCCAAUCACAUCACGUCUCUCGUCUAAAACGCGGAGAAAUUCUCGGAAGCGGUCGUCGGUUCAGGGGAUGUACCGUUUGGUUCACAGGCCUUUCCGGCGCCGGUAAGACAUCGAUUGCUUUCGGAAUCGAGGACUUCUUGUGCCGCAACAAGAUCUUCACGUAUGCCUUAGACGGCGAUAAUAUCCGCUACGGACUGAACAAGGAUUUGGGCUUCACUUCGGAGGACAGGACUGAAAAUAUCCGUCGCAUUGGAGAAGUGGCCCGACUUUUUGCGGAUGCCGGAGCCAUAGCUCUGACCAGUUUUAUUAGUCCCUUUGCCAGAGACCGAGACACCGCUCGACGUAUCCACGAGGAGGGGGACCUACCCUUCUUCGAGGUGUUUGUGGACACACCUAUAGAGGUGUGCGAACAGAGAGACGUGAAGGGUCUGUACAAGAAGGCGAGGGCCGGCGCUAUAUCUGAGUUCACGGGAAUUAGCAGUAAAUAUGAAUAUCCAGUAAAACCAGAUCUGGUUCUGAAAGCUGGCGAAGAUUCUCUGGGAGAUUGCAUUAAGAAAGUGAUUCAACUACUCAUCCAGAAUAAAAUAAUAUCCGAAGAGAUAGUCCGCGAGAUUCACGAGCUUUUCAUUCCUGAAUCUCAACAAAAUGAUUACAACAAAAUGGCAUCUCUUAUGCCAUCCAUUGAUAUCAAUACAAUCGACUUGCAGUGGGUUCAGGUGUUGUCUGAGGGGUGGGCCACACCUUUAAAGGGGUUUAUGAGAGAGAAUGAAUACCUGCAAUGUCUUCAUUUCGGUGCACUAAUCGAUGAGACUCUCCACAACCAAACCAUUCCUAUAGUGCUGGCAAUCGACGACCAAACCAAACAACGGAUCGAAAAUUCCAAAAGUAUUUCUCUCAUCUAUAAAAGCAAAGUCAUUGCAAUCCUGGAGGACAUCGAUAUCUUCGCGCACCGGAAGGAGGAGAGGGCGGCCGCUGUGUUCAAGACCACUAACAUCGGCCACCCGUCCAUUCGCAUGAUCUAUGAUAGUGGCAAUUGGUUAGUGGGAGGGGAUCUCAAGGUAUUCCAGAAGGUAAUGUGGAAUGAUGGACUCGAUAGCUAUCGACUGACUCCCAAUCAAAUCAAAAGCAAAUUAAGAGAAAUGAAUGCGGACGCUGUGUUUGCAUUUCAACUGCGAAACCCUAUACACAACGGACACGCGUUGCUAAUGCAGGACACGAAACGCCAACUCCUUGAACGCGAAUUCAAGAAUCCGGUGCUUCUGUUGCACCCAUUGGGCGGUUGGACUAAAGAAGACGACGUCCCACUCGACGUACGCAUACGUCAACACGAGGCCGUCCUCGAGGAGGGAGUGUUGGACGCGAGCAGUACUUUGAUGGCAAUAUUCCCGUCGCCCAUGUCUUACGCGGGUCCGCGCGAAGUCCAGUGGCACGCGAAGGCCCGACUCGUGACGGGCGCUAACUUUUACAUUGUGGGCAGAGAUCCGGCCGGCAUUCCACACCCGGACACAGGAAACGAUCUUUAUGAUCCGACACACGGCCGCAAAGUGUUGGCUAUGGCUCCGGGACUCACGAAGUUCGAGAUCAUUCCGUUCAGAGUUGCCGCUUAUAAUAAAGUCAAUAAUCAGAUGGAGUUUUUCGAUGAAUCUAAGAAAGUGGAGUUUGAAUUCAUUUCGGGGACCAAAAUGAGAGGCUUCGCCAGACAAGGGGUCGAACCUCCCGUAGGGUUUAUGGCACCCAAGGCCUGGAAAGUGCUCUCAGAUUAUUAUCAGAAAAAAUGACAAUAUUUUAUACAAAAAACUUCGUUAAUUGAAUUCUUAAUAUUAUUUUUAGGAAAAUUGUUUUAAAAGGCAGUCAUUUGGUGUCAACACUCAACACAAAUCUGAAUUAACUAUUGAAUCAAUUGAGGAAUCUUUGAUAAAAUACAAUCAAAUGCCUUAAUCACGAGUAUUGACACCAAAAGGCUGUCUACAAAAGACUUUAUUGAUUAGUUUUCAAACUUUUUUAGUUUAACAUAAUUUUUAUUUCUAUUUUACGUGAGAAACAAAUAUUUUUAUAAAUUAUUAAAAUAUAAUAUAAUAGUUAUAUCUA